AGGGAGAGAGGGAAAAGGGGGAGGAGGGAGGCUGACGAGAACGAGGAGGGAGGACGUAUCAGGACCAAUUGACUGUGACCCAUUAGGUUGGGUUCCCGCCUGUACGCGGCGGCCUUCCCCUUUGCGAGCGACUCCGACCUAAAGACCCUGCGGGCCUUCGUAGCCAGACAAGCCCUGCGGGCAGCGCCUAUACGCACUGCACAUAGGAAACGCGCAUGCCUGUAGGCAGGGAGGCUUUUAGGCAGAGGAGGUGCCUGGAGGCGACAGGGAGGGCCUGUAGAAAGCGGAAUACCUUUAGGCCACGGCCGUGGGGACGCGCGCGGGCAUGCCUUCCUCCCUCCUCCUUCGCGCUGCGCUGGCACGCGUGCACGAAGGCCGAAGCAGCCACGCCUACCAGCCGCACCUUGGCAGCUACCUCGUCUACAUCCUGCGCUUCUCGCAGCGCCCGCGGGGCUCGCCACGCGGCCAGCACCACCACCACCCCAACGGUGGUCCUCCAUGGCGGUGCAGCACCCGAGCAUGCGUUGGAGGCCAGGCGUCCCCCAAGCACGCCGGGCACGCGUCGCGCAGGCGCUCCCUGGGCAGGCCCCGAAUCCCGACUGUGAUCGCGUCGCGGCCUGGCCGUUCCCUAAACAAGAUCUGCUCCGUUUCGGGAAUCCUCGGCAAUACCGCCGAACGGGCCCAGCUGAGGAGGAGGAGGCUAAGAAGAAGGGCGAGAGCGAGAGAGAGAAGAGGAGGAGGCGCAAGGUGAGUCUCCGCUGCGUGCCGACGCGGAGGGCAGAGGGCGAGUCCCCGCCGCAAGCUAAGCGCGCGGGAAACCUUGCGCCCCGCGCAGUGUAGCGGCCCGCAGGCGGCCCGUUCUGGCCCCGAUUGGUGAAGGAGGAGGAGGAGGACGGAGGUGGGAG